UUUUUUCUUUCUUCAGUCCAAAUUCAACUGAAUACAACUCUCAACUCGCCGCCUCAGUUUCUGUCAAAUUAUCUGAAAAUUAAAGUUGUGCAUAAGAUCCAUCGGGGGUUUUUGCUGACAUAGAAACUUCUUGAUUUAUCAAACAACAAGAAAAGAGAGAUGGGAAUUUCAUCAGAGAUGAGAGACUCGUGGGCAAAGCGAAGGGAGACUUUGUUGAUUGCUUCUGCAUUUGAGGAGGACAGAAUUCGCAAGUCUAGGGAAUGUACUCAAGAAGGUGUACGUGCGGGAACUAAAGCAGCUGCAAUUGCAUGCGUUGCUAGUGCAAUUCCUACGUUGGUUGCUGUGCGGACAAUUCCUUGGGCAAAGGCAAAUCUCAAUUAUACAGCUCAAGCACUCAUCAUAUCUGCUGCUUCCAUUGCUGCAUACUUCAUUACUGCUGACAAGACAAUCUUGGAAUGCGCAAGGAGAAACACUCACUACGAUAAAUCUGCUUAAGACACUACUCCUCAGAUCCUAAUAUGCUUAUUGUCUUAAGUUGUAUGAAUUUGUUGAUCUUAUCACAAAAAUGCCAGUUUGUAUUUGCAACAUGUAUGAGUAAUUUUUUCCCACAAUAAUCUUUUUACUUGUUUUCCUCUCUUUUCUGCCUCUGUAUAUCAAGGAUUCGGAGUAAGAAGUGGUUGGUCCA